AUGGUUGAUCCAGAAAUUCUUUCUAUUACAACAUCUCCUCAUCCACAAGAAAUUAAAAUUUCAAUAUUUAAUUAUUCAGAUAAUGACUUUAAAGUGUCAUUCUCAAAUAAAGACAUUGGACUUGAAUGUAACAAUGAAAUUGUACAAAAUGAUAAAGCCACUAUAAUACAAAAACAAGUUAGUUGUCCAUCUAUUCCAAAUGAACAUAUUAUUUUACCAAUUAUAGUGACAUUUGUUUCAGUUACUAAUAAACAAUUAGAGUUUCAUAAAACAUUUAAAAUAGAAAUAAAAGAAGGAGAAGAAAUAAAAGAAAUAACAAACAGUACUAUAAACAAAGAAAAUAAACAAAAUGAAAAGAAUGUUAAUAUUUGUAUUAAAAAUGAAGAAGUUAUUGUCAUUGGAAAAGAAACUCCAACAAAAAUAGAAGUUGAUAAUCAAGAAGAUAUUCCAAUUAGAAUUGAAAUAGAAGAAGACAAAAAUCAAAUAUUUACAUUUAAAACAAGAAAAGAAGUCAUUAAAGAAAAAACAAAAAGAAUAAUGAAGGAAAGUUUUAUUUUAUUCAAGAAAUAUAGUGAAGGACCAUUUGAUAUAACAUUUAAAAUUAUUAAAGAAAGUACAGGAGAAUGUAUUGGAAGUAAGAAAGUUUGUUUUGAAAGUAUAGUAAUUUAUCCAGAAGAAGAAAUAAAAAAAGAAAGUGGAGAAAAUAAGAAAGAAAAAGGAAAGAUUGAAGACUUCCAAAUAACUGUUAUGAAUUGUUCUAAGAAUAAAAGAGAAUAUGAAGUAAUGAUUUUUAUUGGGAAUUAUAGUGGAGAAAAAGUUUUAGUUAAAUAUAAAGAGAAAGAACAUAUUAAAGGAAUAAAUAUUAAAGGAAGUUUUAAACAAGAAAUGGGAAAUGGAGAAGAAAGUUAUAUGAUAUUUGGAGUAAUAACAAAUAAAAAAGAGAUAAGUACUGAAAUAGGAUUUUUAUUUGAACUUGAAACAAAGAAAAUAAUAGAAGAAAGAGAAGUUAAAUGUCAAAUUCAUAAAGAAGAAGAUAAAAAAGAAGAAAUAGAAUUUCCUAAACUAAGUAAUACAGAAAGAAAAGAAACACAGAAAGAAGAAAUCAAAGAAAAUAAGAAAACAGACCCAACUCUUUUGUUGAAAAAACAAAAGAAAAAACUUGAAAAAGAAAGUUAUUUAAAAGAAUGCAAUUGGUAUAAUCUUAGAAAAGAUUUAAAUAAAGAAGAAGAAAUAAUAUGGAUAAUUACAAUGAUAGAACAUAUUAAAGAAUAUGAAGGAAUUGAUAUUAAUAUAUUUAAUAUGAUAAUCAAUGAAAAUAUGGAAUUUAGAAUGAAAGAAAUAAAAAGAAAUGAAAGAAAACUAGAAGAACAAAUUGACCAAAUGACAUCAUUCUUUCUGAAACAAGAAACAGAAGCAACAAUAAAAGAAGAAGAAGAGGUAUUUGCAAUAGGAACAACAUUGUUAUGUGGAUUAAUUGGACAAAUACCAAAUAUUCCAUAUUGGAUAUGGGAUGAACAUUUAGAAAAAAAUGAAGAACCAAUUAAAUUAGAUGAAUUACCUAUUGACCAAAAGUACCAAAAACUUGGAGAGUUAUGUGUUCAAUGUUGGAGAGGGUCAAUAGGAUAUAAUGAAAUUAAAUUAAAACUAAAGGAAUAUACAGAUUCAAUAGAAGUUAAUGAAAUUAUUGAAGGAAUUAAAAAGAAAGCAAAAGAAUAUCAAGAAAAAGAAAUAAAACGAAGAGAAGAAGCACAAAUUAUACUUGAAGAAUUUAACAGAAAAAACCCAAUGAUUACCAUAAACACAGAUAAUAAACCAAUCACAAUAAUAAAAAAAUUUGAACAACCAAUUCAAACAAUUCAAAAACAAACUAUUCCUUCUGUUUUACAAAAAUAUGAAAAGCAAGAAUUCCCACCAUUUAAAGAGGGAGAUAGAAUACCAUCUGGAAGUCAUGACUUAAAGAAAAUAGUUGAAGAAACAAAAGACUUUAUAUUAAAAGAAUGUCAUGCAAAGGAUAUUAAACAAGUUAGAUUUUAUAACAGAAAAUUAAAUAAGCCAAGUCAACCACCAUUUUACCAAAAUCGAUCUAAUAUAUUAAUUGUAUUUAAAAUAGAUACUAGUGUAUUUGGAUUAUAUAUUAAUGAUAAAACACAAAUAAACAAAUCAACAUUUAUAUUAACAAAAGACAAUUAUAAAAUAUUGUCAAUUCAAAACCAAUAUAAUACACAACCAUUUGUAUUUACAAUGAUUAAAGCUGAAAAUAAACUACAAUUUUUUGGAAAAUCACAUGAAAAUGUAAUGGAAUUAAAUAACAUUUUCUUAAUUACAAAAAAAGACUAUAAAAUGAUAAUUUAUGAAAAAACACUUAAUCAAAGAAUGACAUGCGGUCUUCAUAACCCAUCAGAAUAUCUUAGUCUAAACAAAAAUCCUAUUUCAUCAACAAAAAAAUUAGUUGAUGAAAUAAUUUAUUAUGAUUUAAUAAUUGAAUAA